AUGGCACAGCCCUUCCCACAGAUGCUCCCGGAGCGGCUUCCUGGCUCCAUGGGCUUCAUCUGUACAGAUUCAGAUUUCCUAACUGGAAGCCACAGGGCAGAGGGUGCCGAGACCAAGGCCUUCCGCUGUGUCAAUGCAGGUUUGCCACUGAGGCUGGUGGAUGGCGGUGACCGGUGUCAGGGCCGGGUGGAGGUCCUGUACCAAGGCCACUGGGGCACCGUGUGUGAUGACGGCUGGGACAUCCAGGAUGCAGAGGUUGCCUGUCGGCAGCUGGGCUGUGGCCGGGCCGUGUCGGCCCUGGGCGGGGCUCACUUUGGUCAGGGCUCGGGGAAUAUCCUCCUGGGCGCCGUGUACUGCUCGGGAUGGGAGCCCUACCUGUCAAGCUGCCGCCACGAUGGCUGGUACAACCACGAAUGUGGCCACAGGGAGGACGCCGGAGUCACGUGCUCAGGUAGCCAGAUCAGACCAACUCUCUGAUGCAAUUGGCUAAAACCAGGACAAGAAUGAGGGACCUAUUCCGGUUUGGCACUGAGGCUGGUGAAUGGAGGAGGCCGGUGUCAGGGCCGCGUGGAGAUCCUGUACCAGGGGUCCUGGGGCACCGUGUGUGAUGACAGCUGGGACACCAAUGAUGCCAACGUGGUCUGCAGGCAGCUGGGCUGUGGCUAUGCCCUGUCGGCUCCGGGGAGUGGCCGGUUUGGUCAGGGCUCAGGACCCAUUGUCUUGGAUGAUGUGGCCUGCUCGGGGCACGAGUCGUUCCUCUGGGAUUGUAACCACCGGGGCUGGCUCUCCCAUAACUGUGGACACCAGGAAGAUGCUGGAGUCGUCUGCUCAGACGCCUUAGUGAAGACCAUGUCUUGCAUCCUUGAAGUCAAGGGAGAGAUGGAUGGAGUGUUCUGUGUCCCUCUAGAUACUGCACUGGAUGUGAAGCUGAUGAAUGGGAGUGGCUGGUGUGAAGGCCGGAUGGAGAUCCUGUACCAGGGGUGGGGCACCCUGUGUGAUGACAGAUGGGACACUAGUGAUGACAACAUGGUGUGCAGGCAGCUAGGCUGUGGCUCAGCCACCUCAGCCCCAGCAAAUGCCCCGUGUGGUCAGGGCUCAGGGCCGGUUGUGCUGGAUGAUGUGAGCUGCUUGGGAAGUGAAUCCUACGGAUAGUGAAAUCCUUCACUAUCAGCACUGCCCCACCCAGACUGGCUCUCUCACAACUGCAGACACCAUGCAGACACAGGUGUCAUCUGCACAAGUGGGCCUCCAAGAUCCGUGCCCCCCCCCAUUGGGACAGCUUCUGAUCAGAACCCUGUGUCUUCUCCAGCAGGAGAUUCCGGUUUGGCGCUGAGGCUGGUGAAUGGAGGAGACCGGUGUCAGGGCCGCGUGGAGAUCCUGUACCAGGGGUCCUGGGGCACCGUGUGUGAUGACAGCUGGGACAACAAUGAUGCCAACGUGGUCUGCAGGCAGCUGGGCUGUGGCUAUGCCCUGUCGGCUCCGGGGAGUGGCCGGUUUGGUCAGGGCUCAGGACCCAUUGUCUUGGAUGAUGUGGCCUGCUCAGGGCACGAGUCGUACCUGUGGAAUUGUAACCACCGGGGCUGGCUCUCCCAUAACUGCGGACACCAUGAGGAUGCUGGAGUCGUCUGCUCAGCUGACCUUCCCUUUCUUGCAGCGGUCCGGAGGCCAUUGACUACCGUUCCAGCUUGGUGGCAUACAACAACUCCGUACUAUGAUUGGUGGAAUGUAACAAAUACAACUCCUUCGCCAGCUCCAAGUUGUGGUGGCUUCUUAUACAAUGGCAGUGGGGUGAUCUCCAGUCCAUCCUACCCUGCGUAUUACCCCAACAACGCCCUGUGUGUGUGGAAAAUCCAAGUCCGUUCUGACUAUCGUAUCACCCUGCACUUCACUGACCUGAGGCUGGAGUUUACCAGUAACUGUGCUUACGAUUAUGUUGAAAUCUAUGAUGGAUCAAUAAAUAGCAAUAAUUUGCUAGGAAAGAUCUGUAAUGACAGUGGGCAAAUAUUUACAUCUUCCAACAACCUUAUGACUGUUCGAUUCCGAAGUGAUGGCAGCAUCCAAAACGUUGGCUUUUAUGCCGAGUACGACUCCUUCCCGAGAGGACUUCAUCCUGUAACGACAAUUCCAUCUGUUCCUUCCACCGACUACCCUAACUUAAAUUAUUCCUGCGGAGGCUUCUUGUCUCAGACAUCAGGGUACUUUUCCAGCCCGUUCUACCCUGACAAUUACCCAAACAACGCCAGAUGUGUGUGGGAUAUCAAGGUCCCAAGCAACUACCUCGUGACUAUUACCUUCAGAGAUGUUCAGCUGGAAGGAGGCUGCAACUAUGACUACAUUGAGGUUUUCAAUGGCCCCUCACACAGUUCCCCAAUCAUUGCUCGGGUUUGUGAUGGGGCUGUGAGGUCGCUCACCUCCUCAUCAAACUUCAUGUCAGUUCGAUUCGUCACGGACGGCAGCAUCACACGGAGAGGGUUCCGGGCUGAAUACCGUUCCGUCAGAUCCAAUGACAGCACCAGUCUGUCUUGUUUGCCGGAUCACAUGCUAGCCAGUGUGAGCAGGAGCUACCUCCAGUCUCUGGGCUACUCGGCCAGAGAUAUUGUUAUUCCCUGGUGGAAUGGGAGCUACUUGUGUCAUCCCCAGAUAACACCAACCCAAGUGAUAUUCACAAUUCCCUACAGAAACUGUGGCACCUUCAAGCAGGUUGACAAUGACACCAUCAGCUAUUCCAACCUCCUCAGAGCAGCUGUGACAAAUGGCAUCAUCAAAAGGAGGAAGGACCUCAACAUUCACAUUAGCUGCAAAAUGCUGCAGAACACCUGGGUGAAUACCAUGUACAUAACUAAUGACACGCUCGAGAUCAAGGAAGUCCAGUAUGGCGGCUAUAACGUCAACAUUUCCUUCUAUACAUCCUCCUCCUUCUCACGUCCUGUGACCAGCAGCCCAUACGUUGUUGACCUGGACCAGAAUUUGUACCUUCAGGCUGAAAUUAUCCACUCGGACACCUCCCUGGCCUUAUUUGUGGACACCUGUGUGGCUUCACCCUAUCCCAACGACUUCACAUCUUUGACCUACGAUAUCAUCCGGAGUGGGUGUGUACGGGAUGUAACCUACCAAACCUACUCCUCGUCAUCACCCCAUAUCGCCCGCUUCAAGUUCAAUUCCUUCCACUUCCUGAACCGUUUCCCCUCAGUGUACCUGCAGUGUAAACUGGUGGUGUGCAGAGCAUACGACUACUCCUCCCGCUGCUACCGAGGCUGCAUAGUGAGAUCCAAGAGGGAUGUGAGCUCCUACCAAGAAAAGGUGGACGUCGUCCUGGGACCCGUCCAAUUGCAGGGCCCCCAUGAGAAGAAGAGCCUGAGUUCCAACUCUAUUGUUUCACUCUCCUCCUCACACCUGGCGGUGGCAGACACAGAGGAGCCGGUCAGCUGGCAGGGGAGCAACCACAGCGCUGCCAUCGCGGCCGGGGUGUUCCUGGCUGUGGUCCUAGCCGUGGCAGCCUUCACUCUGGGAAGGACGACACAGACCACAAGCAACUGUCCUCCAAGUACCAAGAUGUAAAGCCAGGAGAACACACUCUGACACUGGCACCAA